AUGUAUUCACUAAAAAAUUACCGUUUUUGUGGAAAAUUAUUUGUUAGAAAAUAUUGUAAGUACACUAAAACCACUUCGGAUAUUGAUAGGAAGGAACUAAAGUUCUUCAUCGAAAUGGUUAUAGUUUCUGUAUUAUACGAGGUAGAAAAACGAUGUCAAAAUAUUUUGCGUAUAUUAUUAUUUAUCGUACAGAAAUAUUUUUUCAAAGGCUUUUGACUAGUUCUACACAAUUUUUGGUAUAUUAUAUUAGUGGUAAUUAUAAAUAUGGCAGGAAGCAGAUCUUAGGGUUAAAAAUAUAUUAAUACAUAUUGAUGGCAGAUAUCUUUGGAUUUUUAUCACUAAAUAUUAUGACAAUUAAAUGAUAUACAUAUUUUUCGUUUAUUUUAUUUCUUAUGGAUCAUAAUUAAUAUUUUAGAGGUUAUUGGUUCCUGUAAGACUACCAGACAGUAUCAAGUUUAUAUUGGGGAACAGACAGAAAAUUGAAUUGGGGGUCCAGGGCAGGUUGACUGAACGAAGUUAUGGGGAAACAGAAUAGCAAACUCAAACCGGAAGUACUGGAAGAUCUUAAGCAAAAUACGGAAUUCUCAGACGCUGAGAUCCAAGAGUGGUACAAGGGUUUCCUGAAAGACUGCCCGAGCGGCCACCUAUCCGUCGACGAAUUCAAGAAGAUCUACGGCAACUUCUUCCCGUACGGUGACGCUUCGAAAUUCGCCGAGCACGUUUUCCGCACAUUUGACGCCAACGGCGACGGCACCAUCGAUUUCCGGGAGUUCUUGUGCGCUCUCUCGGUCACAUCCAGGGGCAAACUCGAACAGAAACUCAAGUGGGCCUUCUCCAUGUACGAUCUCGACGGCAAUGGUUACAUAUCCAGGCAGGAGAUGCUGGAAAUAGUCACGGCAAUCUACAAAAUGGUAGGCUCCGUUAUGAAGAUGCCAGAGGACGAAAGCACGCCCGAAAAGCGCACCGACAAAAUCUUCCGACAGAUGGACCGUAACAAAGACGGCAAGCUGAGCCUCGAGGAAUUCAUAGAGGGCGCCAAGAGCGACCCCUCUAUCGUGCGACUGUUGCAGUGUGAUCCGCAAGCGCAGUAAGCGCUUCAAAAAAUUCUCACGACCCAUUGUUUUUUGUCUAUGUGCCGGUAUAUCUGUAGCGAGAAUCUACAGGAUGAGUCAAUAAGUUGGCGCUAGCAAAAUUUUUAUUUUUAUUGAUAUUUGUUUUCAAAAUUAUAUUGAUCAAUUGAUUAUCCAUCAAGUUUUGAUAUUUAUGUACAGGGGUUUCGUUAAUCAGUGGAAAUGGAAGUCUGUUAAAUGGGAAAAAGUUUUAGGAACUAGCUUAAUAAUGUUAAUUUACUAAAAAUUAAAAAGAACAUUAAUAACAAUUAUUUAUGAACUAUUCGAUUUUAAUUAUGAUAUUUUUUUAUUAGUAGGGUCACUCUCAACAGUAUAUAAACAUUCAAACGUUUUUGUUCAGUUUUUAGAAGACAGUAAUACUGAUUUUUAGUAUUUGGUUAAUAACAUUUUAUUGUAAUAAAUUUAAUUAAUCUUAAAUAAAAAUUGUUCUUUAAUAUACUCGAUUUUGACAAAAAAGAAACUGUUAUCAAUCACAAACAUUUAAAUUUGUAAUCUAAUAACAUUCUGUUGAUAUUUCAGACCCUGUAUAUUAAAAAAUAUAAUUUAAUGGUAUUUACAUUUUUGUAGUUAUUUUUAAAAUUUAAAAUUCUCCUAACUCCAUGCAUAAAUAAUGUAAUAUAUUCUGUUAAAUUCUCAUUUCAUCGAUAUUCCAGCACAUAGACCGAAAAAAACACGAACUUCUCAUACUUUUAUCGUUUUUUUUUUGUUUCGUUCUUUAGUUGUAUACAUCAACCACUCUUGUGUGAUCGCGGGGUUAACUCGGCAAUGUCCCGGUUUUUGUCAUUUGUACAAUUUUUAAUGAUGUAGCUGACGAUUUUUACUGAAACGCUAAUACUCAAAAGUGAAACUGAUGGUGGUCGCAUUUAAAACAAUGUAAUGUCAUGUUAAAAUCAAGUUAAAAAUUGAUAUCAGUAAUUUGUGUUGUUUUUAGAAUAUUGUUGGACAGUGUUAAGCAACAUCCAGUAAAUUCUAAUUUGUUUUCAUUGAAGAAUUGUUUAACUGAAUCUGGAAGAAUUCAUUAUAAUUGAAACUAUUACACACUUUCCUAUCGGGUCCCAGCUCGAUUACAAUUUUGUUUUUCCCAAACCUCCUACAUUCCGUACGUUGCUUAAAACAGACUUCUUGGUUAAAGUGAUGAUUUCUGCACUGACAUUACAGUUAACUGAGUGGUUUAAGCUCGAAAUUCCAAACAGCUGUGGAAUUUCUACUUGAGUACUAAAAAAUUGUAAAUAUUGAUUUUGCUGUAUAAAAAUAAAGAAGUGAUCCACAAAAAACGUUUCUAAAGUAGUAGUAAAAAGAAGUAAAAUUAUACGCUCGAGAGUCGUGAAGUUUUCCGAGCCCUACUUUAUAAACAUUUUUU